AUGGGUUUCUCUCCAUCCUCUUCUUGGUUUCUUCAUCCUGAGCUUCAUCAUGUUGUUUCCAAGAUGUCUUUCUUUGAUUCCUUCUUGUUCUAUAUUGUGCACUUUGUAGACAAACUAGGACUAUGGCAUAGAUUGCCAGUGUUACUGGGAGUAGCUUACUUGGGGAUGCGAAGACAUCUCCAUCAACGUUACAACCUCGUAUGUGUCGGAGGAAUCAACGGUCAGAAUUAUGACACCGAGGAGUUCUCUUAUCGUACGGCUGAUGGCAAGUGUAAUCAUCCUUCCGAUGACUCCAUCGGUAGCCAAGGCUCCUUUAUUGGUCGGAAUAUGCCUCCUUGUACUUCUCAGUACGGCAUUUUGGAUCCACACCCAAGUGUAGUGGCUACAAAGUUGUUAGCGAGAAAAAGAUUCAUAGACAAUGGGGACCAAUUCAACGUUAUUGCUUGUUCUUGGAUUCAGUUCAUGAUCCAUGACUGGGUUGAUCAUUUAGAAGACACUGAUCAGAUUGAGCUUAAAGCUCCAGAAGAAGUAGCAAGUGGAUGUCCAUUGAAGUCAUUCAGGUUCUUCAAAACAAAGAAAGUUCUCUCCGGUGAUCACCACAAAUCUGGCGCUGUCAACACUAGAACACCUUGGUGGGACGGGAGUGUAAUAUAUGGAAAUGAUGAGCCCGGAAUGAGAAGAGUAAGGGUUUUCAAGGACGGGAAGCUAAAGAUAUCAGUUGAUGGCUUGUUGGAGCGAGACGAGAGAGGUGUUCCGAUCUCCGGUGACAUAAGAAACAGCUGGUCAGGUUUCUCUCUGUUACAAGCUCUCUUUGUCAAAGAACACAACUCUGUCUGUGAAAUGCUCAAAGAAAAAUAUCCGGAUUUUGAUGAUGAGAAACUCUACCGGACAGCUAGAUUGGUGACUGCAGCGGUUAUUGCCAAGGUUCAUACGAUCGAUUGGACAAUAGAGCUUUUGAAGACAGACACACUUACUGCUGGAAUGAGGAUCAAUUGGUAUGGGUUUUUAGGGAAGAAAGUGAAAGACACGAUUGGGUCAAGAUUUGGUCCCAUAUUUAGCGGAUUAGUUGGUCUGAAGAAACCGAAAGAUCAUGGAGUUCCUUAUUCUCUCACAGAAGAGUUCGUUAGUGUCUACAGGAUGCAUUGUCUUCUACCAGACACACUUCUCCUCCGAGAUAUGAGAUCUGAAGACAAAACAAACCCUGAAAUCGAACGAGAGGUUCCGAUGACGGAAUUGAUCGGUAAAGAAAGUGGAAAAAAGGGUUCGAAGAUAGGGUUUGAGCAGCUACUGGUUUCAAUGGGACACCAAUCUUGCGGUGCGUUGACAUUGUGGAAUUACCCUAAUUGGAUGAGGAACCUUGUGGCUCAAGAUAUCGAUGGAGAAGAUAGACCUCACCUGAUAGACAUGGCUGCCUUGGAGAUUUAUAGAGAUCGGGAGAGAGGAGUUCCUCGAUACAACGAAUUCAGGAAGAAUCUGUUGAUGAGUCCGAUAAGCAAAUGGGAAGAUCUGACCGAUGAUCAAGAAGCUAUUGAUGCUUUAAGAGAAGUGUAUGGAGACGAUUUAGAUAAGCUUGAUCUUAACGUGGGACUGCACGCAGAGAAGAAGAUCAAAGGAUUCGCCAUUAGCGAAACUGCUUUCUUCAUCUUCCUCCUCGUUGCCUCCAGGAGGUUAGAAGCGGAUAGGUUUUUCACGACGAAUUUCAACGAGAAGACGUACACUAAAGAAGGGUUAGAGUGGGUUAAUACUACAGAGACGUUAAAGGAUGUAAUAGACAGACACUUCCCGGGCAUGACGAACAAGUGGAUGCGAUGUUCAAGUGCUUUCUCUGUCUGGAGCUCAGAUCCCAACCCAGCCAAUUGGCUUCCUUUGUACCUCCGACCCGCGCCAUAA